AAAUUUAAUAAUAGUUGAUAUCAAAAGACAAAAUAAAUCGCAAUGUAUACGAAAGAUAUUAUCUGGCUUUUAAAUAAAGUUUAUUUGAUAGUCGACUGAUCAUCAUUGGAUUUGUAACGGUGUUUUGUGAUCCUCCGUAAAACGUCCCUUUUGUAUUUGAGUAUUCAGUGAAAUUGGUUAAUCUUACUUAUUGAUUUGUAAACAAAAAGUAAAAGGACAGAAGUUUGAGGAGAUCAUUAUAACAUACUAGUCUGCUCACGAUGUUUGUCACAGUUAAAUAUGGGGAUGACCAGAGUAAAAUUUUCAACGCCAACUGCAGAAAUGACAUUUUAUUACAUUCCAUUAAAGAAAAGUGCAAAUGUAACUUGAAUGAUAUAGUAGAGCUUUCUGAUGAAGAUGGAAUAGUUAAAGAUUUAAGACGACACCCAUUCGAGUAUGGUGUUGAUUUUUUGAAAGAAAGGGAGACUCUAAUUCUACUAAAAGUUGAAGGUCUUUACCAUGAAAAUGACUAUGACCGAUCAAGAACGAUGUACAGACCCAUGCUGGUAGGAAUGGAAAAUAAUUCUGAAUUUGUUGAAACCUUGAAUCCCAAAGUAGAAGGACGUUCUCGGCCAAUAUCUGCAAGAUCAGGUGUCAACUCCUCAGAUGACCAGAAAAACGUAAAAAACAAUAAACAUCCCAAACAACAAAACAAGAAAGCAGACAGAAAAACAGCAAAAUCUCCCAAAAAGUGAAUUGUAUGUACUGAGAAACUUUUUAAAAAAUCUUGUGUUCAUUAUGUUUUUAUAAUAAAUUUAUAUGUGCUAACUUGAUUUUUAUUAGAAUAAAGUGCUAAAACAGG